AGGCGCCCAAGUCUGCGCCAUAAGAAUGGUCAUUCCCUUACUUGUUUACCACACAUUGCUUCAUACGGGACUGUGCUUGUCGGAUGCUGAAAUGGAUUUGCUCUUCGUACAUGUAAUAUGGAGGCAUGGGGAUAGAUCACCAUUGAGAACAUUUCCAUCAGAUCCUAUACAAGAAGAUUUUUGGAAGUUUGGAGGAGGAGGUUUUGGAGAGCUUUCUCCGCUUGGAAUGAAACAACACUACAACCUCGGGAAACAAAUUAGACGGCGCUACGUUGACACAAAAUUCUUGUCAAAGAGGUACUCGGCAAGGGAGAUAUACGUUCGCUCAAGCGACUUUAAUCGGACAAUCAAUUCGGCUAUGUCGAACUUGAUUGGCAUGUAUGGUUUCAACCACAAUGACAGCGUCAAAGGAGUUGAUUAUCCAGAUGUGAAGGGUUGGCCUGACGGUUAUGUGCCUAUAGCAGUGCACACCAUUCCUCGUGGAAUUGAUUACCUGCUGGCCAGCCCGACUUGCAGGAGGCGUAACACAUUGCGUAAAAUAAUGCAGGAAUCGGAAGAAGCUAGAUCUUACAUUACAAGUCCACCAAUUGUGGAAUUGUUUAAAAAUCUGAGCGUUUACUGCGACGAAGACGUAAAUGCUAAUAAUGUUUGGAGCAUACGUGACGUACUUAUGGUUGAGCAAAUACACGCCAGUGAUACAUUGCGAAUAAAAAAUAAAUGGUUUUCGGACAAGCUUUUUGAGAAGAUUACUGAGGUUGAUAAGCGCAUCGAGCUUUACAAACAGGCAAAUUUCAGUAGACCUGUAAUGUUCAAUGAUCUUGAUGUCUGGCAAGAAUAUCAAAAAGUUCGCGGGGGUUCACUUCUUAACGAAAUCGACAUGCGCAUGAAAAUGAAACUUGAUUGCCAGAAAGAACAUCUAUUUGGUCUCCAAAGAUGCAAGUGGAUAAACCAUCUAAAGUAUUACGCCUAUUCAGGGCACGACGCCAACAUAAUCUCUUUCUUUGCCAUUUUUAAAUUGCUUGAAUCCAAACUAAUAAUGCCUGAUGGAUAUGUACCAUACGCUGCAGCCAUAUUUGUCGAAUUGUGGAUGAAUCGUACGGAAGGAAAACCUUAUUUCAAGUUAUGCUACCACAGAAGUCCAAAUAGUCCAAGUAGUACCAACACGAUCUACACCAUUACCCCUGAGAUAGAAGCUUGCGCUGGAAAAGUUUACUGCAAGCUGGAUGUAUUUGAAAAUAUUUCUGCUGUAGUAAGGCCCAAUCAAGAAAUGCACAAGUGGUGUCUCGUGGAUCCAAAUUUUGCUGUUACUUCAUGGCUACUACAACCAAUGACAGCCUUCAUCUUCCUAUGGGUAGACUGGGUUUGCUUUUAAUCCUCAUCACAGGGUAUUGAGCAGAUGCAUCAGGUCAAACACACCUCAGCGAAUUGCUCACUCG